CAAAGGCCCUCCUCGCAGUCUUCAGUCCCCUCCACACCAAUGGAGCAGGAGCUGCUCCGAACCCUGCGGAACCUCAAGUCCCCGCGCCACCUGCUGCAGACCCACGCCCAGCUCCUCGCCGGGGGCCUCGCCGCGAGCCCGCGUCUCCUCCCGGCACUCGUCUCUGCCGCGCUCUCCGUCCUCUCGUCGCCGCGCCACGCCGCCGCGGCCCUCCGCGCCGCGGGGGCCGCGGCCUCCACCGUCGCGCACAACACCCUCAUCGAGCGUCUCGCCGGGCGCGGCGGCGGCCGCGGAUGCUCCUCGGAGGACGCGCUCGCGGCCUACGCGGCCAUGCGCGGCGCGGGGGUGCCGUCCAACGGGUUCACCUUCACCUUCCUGCUCCGCGCGUGCGAGGCCCUGCGGCGGCUGCUGCCGUGCCGGUGCGUCCAUGGCCAGAUCGUAAGGUGCGGGUUCGGGUGUGACGUAGUUGUGCAGAAUGCUCUCCUGAACGUGUAUUACAAGUGCAGCGACGGUGGGGACGUUGGGGCUGCUCGCCAGGUGUUCGAUGAAAUGGUUGAGAGGGAUGUGGUUUCUUGGAACUCCAUCGUUGGGGUGUACAUGUCGAGUGGAGAUGCUACGGGGGCGAUGGAGUUGUUCGAGGCAAUGCCAGAGAGGAAUGUCGUAUCGUGGAACACAAUUGUUGCCGGGUUAACCAGGGUGGGGAACAUGGUGUCAGCACGUGUCGUGUUUGAUAGGAUGCCAAUGAGGGAUGCCAUUUCUUGGAAUCUGAUGAUCUCUGGUUAUGCAACAAGCGGUGAUAUGGAGGCUGCACGGUCACUCUUUGAUCGGAUGGAUCGGAAGGAUGUGGUUUCAUGGACAGCUAUGGUUUCUGCUUAUGCAAAGAUUGGGGAUCUAGAUUCAGCUAAACUGUUGUUUGAUCAGAUGCCUGUUAAGAACUUGGUUUCAUGGAAUGCAAUGAUAACUGGAUACAAUCACAACUCCAGAUAUGAUGAGGCAUUGUGCACAUUUCAGCUGAUGAUGGUUGAGGGAAGAUUCAUGCCUGAUGAAGCUACACUAGUAAGUGUCGUCUCGGCCUGUGCUCAGCUGAGCAGUGUUGAAUACUGCAAUUGGAUCAGUUCUUACAUCAGUAAAAUCAACACUCAUAUAUCUGUUGCAUUAGGAAAUGCUCUCAUAGACAUGUUUGCAAAGUGUGGGGAUGUAGGAAGAGCAUGGUUAAUUUUUGACAAAAUGAAAACAAGAUGUAUCAUUACAUGGACAACAAUGAUUUCUGGUUUUGCUUAUAAUGGGCUCUUUAGAGAAGCCUUGUUGGUGUACAAUGAUAUGUGCAGAGAAGGAGUUGAACUGGAUGACACUGUUUUCAUUCCUGCACUUGCUGCUUGUGCUCAUGGUGGUUUGUUGCAAGAAGGUUGGAGCAUCUUUAAGCAAAUGAUUGAGCAAUAUAGGAUUACACCAAGAAUGGAGCACUAUGGAUGCAUAGUUGAUCUACUUGGUCGAGCAGGUAAGUUACAAAAGGCAGUGCGAUUUAUUGAAAGCAUGCCUCUUGAGCCCGGUGUUGUCAUCUGGGUCACUUUGCUUAGUUCUUGUAUUGCACAUGGUGAUGCAGAGUUUGUGGAGUAUGUCAGUACAAAGAUAGUUGAAAUAGAACCAUUUAAUUCUAGUUAUCAAGUGCUGGUUUCAAAUUGUAAUGCCCUGGAGGGAAGGUGGGGAAGUGUGAUGGAUGCACGCAGAGUCAUGCAUGAUUGGGGCAUUGAGAAAGUGCCUGGCAGUAGCUUGAUACAGAUAGGAAGUGAGGUUCAUGAGUUCUUGGCUAAAGACACAAGGCACCAGAAAAGGAAAGAGAUAUAUGAAACACUAGAUGGUUUAAUAGCUCUCAUCAGAAAUACAGAGCACGCCCCUUGCAUCAGUUAUAGCAGUACACUUAAGUAACAGAAGUUCUUUGUUGAGUAUUGACCAUCUUACUUGCAAGUAAAGAUAAAUACCAGAUUGGAUUCUGUGGGAGGCCUUGUUUUUAAUAGGCGAUUCCAGCUGGUUAGCUUCGUGACUUGGAUUGUGAUCAACAGUUGAUGAUUUAAUGGCAUCCGUGACCAGUAGAUGACACCCUUGUCUCUUGGACAGGCUACAUUAUGUUACCCUGCUUAACUAUUGAAGAUCUUGCCAGCUUGUUUGUGUAUUGUGCACUGGACAUGUGAAGGUUGGAAGUGGGGACCUCAAACAUGUAGCAUAUGCUUUUUUUUGUGGAAAAUAUUGGCUAAUAACUGUGUAACAAUCUAACAGAUAGUCUUUACCGAGACAGUUUCUCACAUUGGUUUUCAGAGAAAUAAAUAUCAGUAGUGUUCUGUUACCGUUCUCUUCCAUCAUUGUUAUGCAGGAAUGCUUAGUUAGGUAUCACCAAUGAUCAGCAAUAGCAUGGGACCUGGGACCUCUAGUGGACUGCAAUUGUAUUAAGUUGUCCAGACAUCUUCAGUUUGGACGAAAAUAGGAGGAAAUGAUAAGUGCAAGGCUGAGAAUUUAAAAUGAACUGUGUUUUUUCCUAAGAUUGCUCAUGGCUGCCAUUGACAUGAACCAAGCUUGCAUCCGGUCUCCAAGAGCAAAAACUUGCAUAGCAUCUCAAAUAGAUUAGUGAAAUUAGUCACUCACGCACAGUAGAGUGUUUCUUUAUCAUAACAUUGUAUAUGAGCAAACCCAGUUCCAGGCAUUUAUCAGUAGUAGCACCAAUAGUAUUUAAGAUUCUUUUUUUUUGAUGAGCAACAUGGCUCGCUACAUCUUGUUGAAUCUAGUGCCAUCAAAUUAAGUA